CAGAAGCCUUACCGACGAUGACAGCAUUCAAGGCGACGGUUUCUUCUCGCUGGCCACCAGGUACCAUACAGGUUCAAUUCGGCUCUGCAAUUUGCUCGCCUGUUUCCGGAUCGUAGGCAGCCACCGACUCGUUACACGCAAAAGCAGGGACUCGACAGCUUUUGUUUCCUGUCAUCAAUAGCGCCCAUCUACAUUUGCCAACGGAUACAUAUAUUUCAUAUCCAACGCGAGCACGAGACGAGCCCUCGGAUACUACAGGGAGUUUACUUAAUGCACACGACGGAUAUGAAGUGCUGUCGAUCGCCCCGUUUAUAAGUCCAAAAAUGCGUGGCCAAAGCCUGGCGGCGAGAAGGGGACAUCCAUCCAGGAUGCAUGCAGUGUGGCUACAACAAUGAAUGGCCUUACAGUUCGCCAGGUCGCUCGGCCUCUGAUGCAUCCGCAAUAUGGCUAUUCCCGGCCUAGGAAGAGAGUAAUUUCGCCCUUCUCACAAAGCCUAGUUAUUCUGACUAUCGGAUAUCAACAAACUCACUAUCGGAUUCAACAACAGAAGAAUACGGAGGUUGGCCAAUAGAGUGGAUUGCCCCUGAAACCGCCAACCUGAAACUAAAUAUUUAGUGACCUGAUUACUUUUUUUCGUCUUCCCUCUCCUUCGACAAGGAUAUGCACUGAUGUGUUUGAGAUUUUGCCUGUACGUACUAUGAACAACUGGCAUGGAUAGGAGAUUGGCCGUCCUUUCUGGCUUUACUCCUUUUGGUGAUUUGUUUUGGUCGAGAGAGAUUCAUCCCGUUGUUCGCCAUCACACGCCGUGGAAUUGUUGUUUGUUGACAGACAAAGCAAGACAGACAAGAGAGAGAGACGACAAAGACGGAAAAUGAGCGAAGCUAUUGAUAUACCGACUGCUGAUUCUCAGGGUGUUGCCCGUGAGUUGUCUCGGUCUCCCUCUCUGUCGCCGACGCCAGCGAUAUCCUCCUGUCCAUCGCCGGUCCGCACUUUUUCGACCGUCUCGUCCAUUUCGAACUUCUCAGGCGAUGCCAGGUCGUCGGUGCUCUCCUCUACCUCGGCGGGCUCCCGCAGGAGAGGCUACAUCCGUCCUCAAGGUGCCACGUUUGCAGAGUCGGCGAAGAACCGGGAGAGCGUGAUGAGCCUGGGGAGCAUCGCCCAUCUGCAGUACUACUUUGCUCGGACGGGGCUGCUGGAUGGGAAAGGCGCUCAGAUGGCCAAAGCGAAGAAGAAGCCUACGGACACUGAAAUACCGAAGCUCACGCUGAGCCAGGAAGUACAUCUGGACGGGGAUCUGGUCCAGAGUCCCAUCGAGGCGUUCGGGGAGUUUGGGGGAAUGGACGAUGACGCUGGCGCAUGGGAUGAAUACGAACAUGAACCUCUCAUGCUGCCACCGACUGUGAGCACAUACAGCAUAAAGACGCAUUAUAUACCGCCGCCACCGGAUCUGAACGCCCUGAGACAUGAUCUACAGAAUGCCCUGGAGAAGGCGAGAGACGUCUUGACGGCAAGCAAGGACGAACUUGCAGCCCAGAAGCUGGCAGCGAGUGAACUCGCUACCAAGGAGGACGGCAGUAACCUACCUGAGAUAGAGGUAGAUGAAGACGCGAGUAAUAAGAACGACGACGACAACAGCAGCAAUCAUAAUAAUAAUGACAAGGACGAGCAGAAGGAGACGCCGUCAAAGAAGCAGCCCAAGGGCUGGGAUGAGAUACAAGGGAUGCACAUACUCGACCUGGUCACUCUGGCCAUACGUGCAGCGCGAAUCUACUAUACGGCCCACGAACACCCAGAGCGUCUGGCUCAGAUCAAGAGUGAAAAGGAAAUCAGGGCCGAGCUUCUAUCAGUACUCGAGGUUCUAAAGAGAUGGGCGUCCCGGUCGUUCGCCGGUGGACUCAGAGAUAAGGAGCGGUCGUCCAUCCUCGACUGGAUCGAUGGCAUUGGCCGCAUGCUCGAGCAAGAACGCAAGAUAGAAGCAGGAGAGCGCCACAAGCGCAAGAGCUGGACAUGGACAAGCGGCGAUUGGACCGGCCACGAGCGUGAGAGGGAGUAUCAAUUCCUGCAGAACCUGACCCCCCCAGCCGUCACUCCGCUGCCGGCCUGGGAUCCCGUCGACAGCAGCGAGGACAGCAAACAGGAGCUGCCCACGCCCUUCCUGGCCCGUCUACGGGACGGCCGGGACCUGGUACGCUUUCACAAUGAGGCCGUCAAGUUGUCAUACCGGCCCUUUGGUGCGAUUAAGACGUUCCACGACGACGUGAACAAGCCAUACCGGAUGGCAGAUAACCUCCGCUUCUGGGUCAAGGCGGCCGAGAUACGCUGGGAGCUGCGUCUGGAGGUCGAUGUGAUGGCAAUCGUGACCGGAGACAAGCCGGAGGCCUGGAAAGGCUUCGAUGCUGCCAUCCUCCAGUGGUGCCGGACGGUGAGGGAGGAAGUAAUGCAGGAUUGGAGUUCCCGCGAGGAGGAGCCUGCAGUAAAGUCUCCCUCGACUCUGUCUCCAUACGGAUGAUUGCGGGUCUUUUCUUUUCUUCUUCUUCUUAUUCUGUUUUCUCUUCUCCGUCUUAUUUGUUUCUUUUCUGUCCGGAAUGUAUAUCUGGAUGCAUAUACAAUAGUAUAAUAUCAAGGCUAAUGUAACGAGACAUGAAUCCCCAUUGGUACCACGUCGUACAGUCCAUGUCCCUGUCCAUGGAUGCCAGGAUGCAUCUGCAAUUGAACUGCCGGUCUUGCACCAUCAUAUGCCUCUGCGGCAUCGUCCUCUGGUCAUCCCUCUCUACACGGGCGAGUAUAAGGGGGCCAGGGUGGUAUACACCUACCCACCCCCUGAUGUAGUGGUAAAUUGGUAGGCAAGC